GCGCUGUUAUCGAGAGAGCGAGAGAAAAAAAAUCCCUCCAGUCGCCAUGAUACAGCAGCGGAAACGGGGAAGAAGUAGCUAGAAAACAAAAGAGAACACGCAGUCGUCCUCGCGAUUUGGUAUGCUCUUGCAGUGUUAUAGGAAUGCCCAAGGAAAAAUAUGACCCGCCGGAUCCCAGGCGGAUGUACACAAUUAUGUCUAGCGAGGAGGCAGCAAAUGGGAAGAAGUCAUACUGGGCUGAGCUGGAAAUCAGUGGCAGAGUAAGAAGUCUCAGCACAGCCCUGUGGUCUCUAACCCACCUCACUGCCCUACACCUCAGUGACAACUCAUUGUCACGCAUCCCGCCAGACAUUGCCAAACUACACAACCUGGUGUACCUGGAUCUCUCAUCCAACAAGAUCAGGAGCCUGCCGGCAGAGCUCGGCAACAUGGUGUCUCUCAGGGAAUUGCUUUUAAAUAACAACCAGUUGCGAGUUCUCCCAUUUGAAUUGGGAAAACUUUUUCAGUUACAGACACUGGGGUUAAAAGGAAAUCCACUUGCACAAGAAAUUAUGAGCCUCUAUCAGGAACCUGAUGGCACACGGAGACUGCUCAGCUACUUGUUGGACAAUCUGGCGGGGGCUAUAAAGCGCAGUUCUCUCUUCUGCCCAGUACCCACAGAGCAGCCACCAGCCAGGUCGUGGAUCUCACUCCAGGAACCGGACCGAACACGUCCAGCAACACUGUUCUCUGUUAUGUGUUACAAUGUGCUGUGCGAUAAGUAUGCCACACGACAGCUAUAUGGCUACUGCCCCUCCUGGGCUCUAAACUGGGAGUACAGGAAGAAAUCUAUCAUGCAGGAAAUCAUGGGCUGCAAUGCAGACAUCAUCAGUUUGCAGGAAGUAGAAACGGAGCAGUACUACAAUUUCUUCUUGCCAGAGUUGAAAGAGCAGGGAUACGACGGGUUCUUCAGUCCAAAGUCUCGCGCCAGAACAAUGUCUGAGUCGGACCGUAAACAUGUGGACGGAUGUGCAAUUUUCUUCAAAACGGAAAAGUUCAGUGCUGUGCAGAAGCACACAGUGGAGUUCAACCAGCUGGCUAUGGCGAACUCCGAAGGCUCAGAGGCAAUGUUGAACAGGGUGAUGACGAAGGACAACAUCGGGGUCGCUGUACUGCUGGAAGUUCGCAAAGAGAUAAUGGAAAUGUCUUCUGGUAAGUCACUCCAUGGCUUGGACAAGCAGCUUCUGCUCGUUGCAAACGCUCACAUGCACUGGGAUCCCGAGUACUCUGAUGUCAAGCUGGUCCAGACCAUGAUGUUCCUGUCAGAGGUGAAGAAUAUCGUGGACAAGGCAACACGCAGCUUCAAGAUUUCCACGUCUGGUGAGACCAGCGCCAUUCCACUGGUGCUGUGUGCUGAUCUCAACUCCUUACCCGACUCUGGUGUGGUGGAGUAUCUGAGUACCGGUGGGGUGGACUGCACCCACAAAGACUUCAAGGAGCUUCGCUACAGUGACAGCCUGACCAAAUUUAACUGCAACGGAAAGAACAGCACGUCCAACGGCAAGAUCACCCACGGCUUCAAGCUGAAGAGCGCCUAUGAGAACGGCCUAAUGCCUUACACCAAUUACACCUUCGAUUUUAAGGGUGUCAUCGACUAUAUUUUCUACUCCAGGCCUCACCUGAACGUGCUGGGCAUCUUGGGCCCCCUGGACCCUCACUGGCUGGUAGAGAACAAUGUCAGCGGCUGCCCACACCCCCACAUCCCCUCUGACCACUUCUCCCUCUAUGCUCAGCUGGAGUUGCUCCUGCCCAGUGUACCCUCCCAGGUCAAUGGGCUUCACCUGCCUGCACGCAGGUAGUGAGCCCCUGCCAUGCCACCAGGGGGAGCUGCAACCACAGCUUCUCCCUCAACCAGCUCUUACCUCCGCCACCUCUGGAGGAGGGAGACCGAAACAAAACCGACACAACCUACAAAAUAUUCGUACAUUGAGGUCUGGCUGACAGGGAUUUCGUAUACAAUGUUAUAGAUAUUCUAUAUUUUUCUUUUUUUCUUUCUGAUUUUCUUUUUACGUCCUUUUUUAACUGCUUGGUUCAGUCCUGUUUAUGUAUCAAGUGUUUUUGGACUCCCUCUUCUCAUUCGGUUCAUAAACCCCUGCAUACUUUAUUUUCGCCAUCUUUCCAACUAGAGGGGAUGGUAGCUCAUUCAGAUUCAUUACACGAGGCUCUGUGUGGUUUAAUAGGGAGGCUCAAAAGCGGCUGAGUGGGUGACAUUUAGCUGAGAAGCUGAAGAGCUGUCUGUCUGUCUGUCCCUGUAUAAAUCUAAAACCAGCAAAGACAGCAGACUCGUCGGUCUCAGUCCGCUAUGUUUGGCUCGUGCUCGUUAUCCAUCUGCGCUCUGGGCAGCCGGCGUCAAUUGUCAGUCGGGUUUUGAGCCGCUUUUUUAUCACUAGAUAAGCAUCCUAACCAGCGGAUGCACUGCAGCUGAUCUGAGGGGAUAUUUUCUGCUGUCAUUCUGUGGUGCUCAGGCCUUUUUUUUUGUGUGGUCACGGCCUCCUGCGGUGCUACAAGAUAGUCCACAACUCUGACCCCUGGUCCUGGUGCAUUGACAAGCAGAUUAGUGGGACAUCAGCAGUUUUAAGAAGGAAAAUAAAGAGAAACUGAGAGCAGCUACCAUCCUUUUUGCAGACAGUUUCCCCCUCCGGCUUGUAUAAUUGCUAUGCUAGUCAUGUGUCCCGGAGUAUCAGAUUUUUUUUUUACGGUAAGGAGCAAGGGAGUUGGGCCGAUCGACAGAGGGAGGGGGGGCUUUAGCAAACCUUUUCAGUGUCGUUUGCUUUUUAGCCAGAGAGUGAAAAAUGGCUGACGAGUAAAACCAGCAUUCCUCUCACUAUCAGAUGACCUCCAACUUCACUCAUGCAAGCUGUCACACAAAAACACACACACACACAGAGGUAAUGUGCAGGCAGAUGUGUAGCACUGUCUCGAAGGCCAGUAGUGAACCCCACCCCACCCCAGCCAUACGUUCACACACAGGAGCAGUGAUUUUUCACCAGAGUGUUUGUACAGAAUAGAAAUCUAGACUCAGUCUUUACAUGAUUGUAUAUGAAACACAAAAAGACCUGUUUUCUGGCAUUUUUUUGUACGAAGAAUAAAUUAUGGUCAGAUUAAGGAAAAAAAAAAAAAGAUUGUAUUGUAAACUAUGGCUAAAUUUUUAUCCAGUUAAUGUUAAGAUGAAUUAAUAUUACCAGCUUGUAAAAGAGACGUCAGAGGAGGCUGCUCGCGCCGUUUGCUGUUUUCUUCUUUGCACUCCCAGGAGAUUAACUGUAACGCCUCAGCAUCGUUUUGAUUCAUUUGCUAUGAUGUAAAUAGACAGUCGAUUUUUACCUGUUGCUUUCUGCCCAUUAACAAAGCCGACGAUCCGGACUGAUGCCGAUUUUGUUUUGUUUUUUUCGGACGGAAGGACACCCUGCGCCGACCCAAGUCAGUUCACCUGGCUCCAAAGCGAAGUGUAAACGACUCAACACGGAGAAAAGUCCUGCGCGUACGUCUCGUACUCACUGUAGCAGUUGAUGUUGUCUUGCACUAUUUACAUUCAACGAUAGCUCGAGCAGCCUCCUCUCCUUUUAUUUUUAAAUACUGUUGAGAUAUUUGUGAAGAUUUUAUGUCUUUUUUUUUUUUUUUUUGUUAAUGUUCAGUUCCUUUUUUUUAAUGAAAUGUGACGAUGUUCUGAUGAUGUGUAUAUCCUUCCCAUUCAUUGAGCUCUCUAGUAAUCAGGUAUGCUCCGCUGACCCCCCCCUCUCCGCUGUAAGGAAACGUGAGCGGGGUUUUCUUUAUACAUUCACUCAGAUUAUUUCUGCGCCCAGAUGACCUGCUUCCCCACCAACCCAGCUUCCUUCCUGGCCACAAAUAUACUCGCGAGCAUAUCCCUCUCCCCUCAUCAUAAACCACCCAACCUCAAACUUUUUCUGAUACACUUCUCAAAUGUUUUAACCUUUUUUGUCCCACUUUUCUUUGUGUAGAUUUUCUACCCUUGCCAUUGCAGCUAUAGUGCCAUUUGUGGACCGCCCCCCUGCCCCUUGCCUUUUGUAUUGGAAAGGGUGGAAGAGCCCAUUUGAUCUCUGCUUUUUACUUCUUGUUUCUGUCAAAAAAAAUAGAGCCAGGCUGUCAGUUCUAAAUCGGAUUUGUUCCAUCUCAAAAACAAGUUAAAUGUGAGAUUAUUUGAAAUGCACUUAAGCGAUUCAGAUGCAGCUCCACUGAUUCUCUAAGAAGAAACUUAAAUGUUGGAAAAGCAAGAAAAUGGGGACAUGUCAGCUUGGUCCCUGCCUCUGGUUCCUCUUGUCUCUCCCCUCUCCUGCAGUAAAAAUCAAUGUGUCCAAAUUGAGUUUUCUUUCCUGAAUGGCAUUAGUAUUGUACUAGAUGUAAAGGGUAGCCUUUUUUUGUUUUGUUUUAUUUGUAAAGUGUGAAUAAAAGAAAAUUUCUUGUUUCCUUUCUAAAAAAGUCAAUUUUUGGUGUUUAUGUGUAAAUCAUGAUUUCUACCUUGACGGUGACCUGCAUUGUUUUUACCUUUGACUUUUCUGAUCUCCACCACAAACCAAAUCCUCCACCAUGACACGUCUCAGCGGGUUGAUUGGUUGCGUUGAAGAAGGAAGUUAUUAAAACCUAACAGGGAUGUUUUAUUUUGCUUUAUUUGGAUGUUUCUUUGCACUAGCUGGAGAGUGCUGGUGUCCGUAGGUUAGGACAGCAGAGCUGUCUCACUAGUGGCUGCAGUUCAGUUUUAGCAAAUACUUUUUCACGGGUUUCAAAAAAAGCUAAAGAAAAAGGAAAAAAAAAAACAUGAAAACGUGUUUGUACGGCAAAGCUAAUGAUGUGCCGCUAGACCGGUCCUGUGAUUUUCUGUUUUAUUUUGUGCUACUAGUCCCAUCUCAUUCUGAUCAUGUGCUUUUUACAGUGGUUCAAUCAGUUAAACUAGAUAGUAUGUUUGAUUCACAAAUCAGUUCUUGUUUCUUCUGAAUACCUGUAGAAUUGCAGCUGACUUUUGUCACCAGUGGGUCACGUUGCAGGCUUUUUAUGUGUUCAGGCUUAUUUAGCUCAGUUUUGUUUUCUUUUUUCAUUUCUUCUCGCUGCAUCUUUUUGUAACGGUGCAAACCAAAGCCGCUCGUAGAACACUUCUGUUUUAGAGGCAACUUUUUACACAAAUCGACCCUUUUUUUUUUAUUUCUCAUUUUGGAAAACUGAACUGCCGUCUUCAUGCAAAGUAAGGCUUUAAAAAAAAACUGUUUUUUUUUUCUCUUCGAUCCUGUUUAGUUUGUCUUUCCAUCAGCUAAACUUGGCAAUAAUGACCAGAAAAAGUCACACAUCCUUUUAUCUUUCAACUUUGAAAUGUAGCCGUUUAAUCCUUAAACUGUUUCGCUCAUCUUAAACCUUCCUACCUGCACCUGGACCCCCCACACACACACAUGCACACAAUCUGUUUUAUCAUCCAUUUUGUAUAUUUGCUCAUUUCCUUGCCAAUUUUAGUGGUAGUUGUUAAAUGAUCAGGAUUGUCUAUCUGUAGUCAGCUGAGUACAUAUAUUGAUCUGUGUCACUGUGUUUAUGCACUGGACCAACUAUUGUUUACCAUUCAUAAAAUACCAGCAAAAAAAAAGGAAAAAAAAAAAGAUGAACACUUG